CGCCGCUGCCGCUCGUAGCGCUGAUGUUCGCGUGCACAUGAGGCGUCGAUCUGUUCGUUAGCACUUAACCCGAGCGUGAGCAUCAACCCGCACAGAACCGGCGCCGGAAAAGCAGCACCGACCUACAGCUGACUACAGCGGAAGACUGAGCUGAGAGGAAGGCAGACGACACUGAGCAAUCAUGUCCCUUGACGAGAGAUUCAACAAAGCGGCUGAAGAUGUCAAGAAGUUGAAGUCUACUCCCACAGAUGCAGAGCUCCUAGAGAUUUAUGCACUUUUCAAACAAGGUUCUGUGGGAGAUGUUAACACAGAUCGUCCAGGAAUGUUGGAUUUUAAAGGCAAAGCCAAGUGGGAUGCAUGGAAUGGAAAGAAGGGAAUGUCACAAGAGGAAGCAAAGGAAGCUUACAUAAAGAAAGUGGAAGAGCUUGUGGCAAAAUAUGGAAUGAAUUGAAGGCUUCCACCAAAGUUUUAUUCUUCAAAUACUGUAUAUUACAUUAAACAUGUUGCCUGUUGCUCAGUGGGUGCAGUGCCUUCAUCAGUUUAAGUGAAUUCAUUUUAUACUAUACUUUACACAUGUUCUGAGUCUUGCAAGAGCAGUUUUGUAAAUGAAUAAAUGGUCUAAUAAAUGUUUGUAUGAA